AUGCGCUCUCGUCAUGCAGUCAAUCAAGAAGAGCCUCCUCAGCAUGCCGAACACUCUGCCGCACUAAUUGAAGACAGUAUUCAACCCGUGGAGGAACCUCUUCAGCACAUCGAGGACCCGGAUACACCCUUGUCGUCCCCAAGAGCCUCGAACAACCAAGAAUCUGAGCAGUCCGCCGAUCACUUCCAUCCAGGUCUUGAUAGAAGUAACCAAGCUUCACUCCAGACCAACGAUGGACUAUUCGUGUCUCGCAACCAAGAAGUGGAGUCCGAUGAAGAAGAUGGCAUCCCCAUCAAGCAGCUAAGACCGAGUCGCAAGAGACAACUCUCACCCGAUUUCGACUCCGAAUGUCACGAAUAUGAGUCUGGCCGACAGGCUAACACUGCUCCUGCCGCAACUACUUCCACCACAGCGUCAACUUCUGCUGCUCCAAAUUCCGCUCCUUCGACUUCUACAACUGCCAAUGCCGCUGCAAUCACUUCCAGUGCCAACAACAUGCCACCAUCCACCAGGCAAAUUAACCGGCGCACCACCAAUGCUUUUGCUAGUACUGCAACCGGCGUCGUACUUUCCUGUCCAGUUCCGAACUACAAGACGGUAUUCGCCCAGUCAUACACAAUCGACAGCUUCUACAAGCACAUGGAAGAUGAUGCUCACUUCAAGCGCUUCUACGACAAAAGCAGUCAUCAUUGUCCCUUUGGUUGCGAGAAGGGAUACUUCAAUGAGUUCGCUCUCCACCGUCACGUACAACAACGCAUGUGCGAGGAGGCCGAAGACCUGUCAGGGGCAAUCAAGAACUGCUCAAUGUGCUCUGCUACCUCUCCGGAUGCUCUUGGCGCGCUUAUCUACUUGGAGCAAAGUUAUGAUCAGGUUUUGGCAGAUGCCAAUUCUCCAUUGCACUGUACCCCUUGUAACGUCAACUUCCCGACCAAGGAGCUCUUCUGGGGUCACCUCUCACUCGUUAGUGGCCGUGGUGAUUCUCACCACAUGGUUACUAAGUCGCGCGAUUUGUGGUACCCCUCAACUACUAUAGUUAGGGCCAUCUGGGGUAGCUGGAUCGGAGGGGUACACCGAGAACAAGAGAAGCAAGAACACGGGAAGCAAGAAGGAGAAGAAGAACAUGCAGAUACUAGCACACAUAGCUCAUGUCACAGCUUGCGGUUACUAUGA